AUGCUUGAGAUUUUUAUGCAUGCUUUCUGGUCAAAUACGACGACUGAUCAUGACCGGGUGGGACACUAUGCCGCCUCCUGCGCCGGGUUGGUAUACUUCCAUUUCGGGAAACCGCACCAGAUGCGCGUCAACACAUCUGAUCGUGCUCAGAACUCGCUUGCUCGCAGCAUGAGCGCACAAGACCGCUUGCGAAAGUCCAAAUCAACUCGAUUCGCUCGCCAUAGUUACGACCAUUCUUCGACAUCAGAACCAUUCGAUCCAGAGCUUGCUCGACUGUUUGCAACCGCCGCAGCGUCCAGGGCUAUGGCCAUGUCGCGCUCCGCCGAUAGGUCCUCAACCCUCUCAGAAGGCUCGUAUCACCGCAUCGGCGGCCCUCACAGCAUGGCGGUUCCCCCAAGACGGUAUAAACGGUCGUCUUAUUCGCCAGGAUGCUCGUCUACCGGGGACGAUCCCCCGGUACGCCACAAAGCUUCGUCGCCCAUCACCAGUUCUGAAACUGACCAGCCUUGGUCCGCGGCCCUGCCGUCCAUAAGUGAAUUUGGUGCCGUUGAGGAUCGAAUCGCAUCACUUCCGUCCUCCUACCGCCGGUUGCGAAAGUCCCGAUCGAUGUUCUCAACUAGACAGCGUUCAUCCCAUAUACCUUAUGGGCUCGCAUCGCCCGAGCCAUACUCUCCUACUAUUACCACCAGUCGCGGACAGACUUCUGAUCCUCCGAGGCUAUAUCGCACAUUAAGGCGGUCCAUGUCUUUUCUGAGAGGUGAUAAUCCACCCCGGAACACCUUGCGGCACACAAGAAGUCAGGAUGUGUCUGUGCAGCUGGCUCGCUCGCAAUACCAGCAAGACCUCAUGAGCAGCCCUGAUUCCACAGCUUGGGGACCAUUGACCAUGGCGAAAGUCAGGCGAGAGCAUAAGCCGUUUAGAAAAACAUGCCGGGGCACAAGCGCUCUCGACGGUACAUCCGUCGCAGAGGCGCCUUUGGAAGCGCUAAAGGGCCCUCAGUCCCUUGGAAAAGCCAGAGCCUUUUCGACCACCAUCAAGAAAGGCAUCAAACGAGUUUUGGGUCUUUCCAGGAAUGUGUCUGAGCAGGGAAAGGUGCAUGCAUCCCCAUCAUCUUCCCGUCAAUUCGCUGAGUCACCUUCGACUGCGGUUGAUAACGAGAACGAUUGCCGUGACGGCUGUGCAGCCAUGAACGAACAUAUUCACGAAUCAGCAGAGAUCCGGCAGCCAACGAUACGGAGAAUGCAGAGCUCUGCUAGUCUGGCCACAAGUCGCUCUCGGGUGACGAGUUGGGCGGAUUCCACUGCUGCUAAUACAAUUGCAACCCCCAGGACAAGUGCCCAGCAACGCCUUUCCAUUGUGUCUGAACAAGAGAAGCUUGUGCGUCCUGAUGUGCCACCAGUUACCACAGACUCCAUUGCAAGCAACGCAGUUGAUAGUCAUCGUUUAUUUUCCGCCCUGAUGAAACGAAUCGGAGGAACAAAUGCUCAAGCUUCGGAAGACAAGAUUGUCAUCGGACAAGUGAAGGAGCAUCGGGUAAUUCCUACUCAAGGGUCGUUGACUUCCCACCACAGCAAACGUACCAUCCGCCAAGUUUCCAGUGAGAUCUCUGUCAACUCUCCAAGAUCAUUCGCUACUGCAAAUGGCGGCCCAAUUACGCCUUAUGAGCAGCCACAGGUACAUGGCGCAUCUUGUGCACACAGUGCAGGUCUCACAACUAAAGCAUAUCAAGAGAGCAACAAGACCGCUGAGGGUGACAUUUCACGAGCCGAGUCCGCGUCAAGCGUUUACUCUCGAUCGACGAGCGGGCUCUCCCCCAAGCUCAAAGCUGCCCGUGAUUCACCAGAUUCCGCGGAAGAACCAGGGGUAGCAACGAUCUAUGCCUCUGAAAGGACUGCGUACAGCUCUCCCAACAAGUACGCUGACUCAUCCGAAUAUGUUCCAGAAUUGCCAGCUACCGACUGGCAGAACUGGAUGGAUUCGCAGAUGGCCAGGAUUGAGAACGCCACACCUACACGACAUUAUCGCGAGAACGCAGAAAUCCAUGGUGAUGACACGCCGAACUUCACGUCUUCUAUACCCACUCGGAAGAUUCGAGUAGAAAGCAGAGGCGCUGGCAUAGCCAGUGAAGACCAUGGCGGAUUGAGUCGAAAAGUGUCAACAAGUAGUAACUUUUCCCGCCCUUUCAGCCGAACUUCAAGCUUGCGCACAGUAGUGAAGGCUCGCUCACCCUCGUCUAACAUGCCCACACCAUCUGUACCACCUUUGCUUGCAGAUGACGUCUUCCAGGAUUCUGGAGGCCAAGACCGCUUUCUGAAAUCUGCUCGUACAGGCCAAAGCAAUGUUGGAGUGUCACCCAUGCUGUCCAGAUCGAGCAAUCAGCCCCGCAUGGUCGAGUCACCCACUCCAAAAGGAUCUGCUACCGAAGUCUCUCCGAAGAUGAAUAACGCUAGGUCUGCACAAUACUUGACCAAGUGGUCACCCGGGACCUAUGAUGCAAAACAGUUCCAUCGACGAUCAGCACGCUUCAUGCGCGAGAACCGGAGAGCCACUAACGAGAAUGCGAGACUGGAGCAGGGUGUGUACGACCAAGCGAGUGGCCUUCAGUCUCCGAUGUCGAGUAAGCGGAUGGUAGAGAUAUUCUUGAACAGCCGGCGCCGUCAGAUGGGCAUCGACUCUGACGAGGGAACCUCCGAACCGGCUUUUCUAUAG